AUGUCGCGCGCUGAGCCGGACGUCGAAGUUCCCGCCGGUGAUAUCAAAGCCGGCGCGAAGAUUUUCAAGGCAAAAUGUUCUCAGUGCCACACCAUCAACGCCGGAGGUGCCGCGAAGGCUGGUCCCAAUCUCCACGGCUUCAUCGGCCGUGAGAGCGGCAGGGCGGACUUCCCGUACUCGGAUGCGAACAAGAGCAGCGGCAUCAUCUGGACUGAGAAGCACUUGUGGGAGUACCUGCUGAACCCGAAGACUUACAUCCCGGGCACGAAGAUGGUUUUCGCUGGUAUCAAGAAGGAGAAGGAACGCGCGGACCUCAUUGCUUACCUUGUUGACGCAUCGAAGAAAUAG